GUGCCUACACGGCCAGCCACGGCAUCGAGAUCAUCCGCCAGGACGUGGCCCGGUACAUCGAGCGGCGGGACGGGGGCAUCCCCGCCAACCCGGACAACAUCUACCUGUCUACGGGUGCCAGUGAUGCUGUCAUGACCAUGCUGAAGCUGCUGGUGUCGGGGAAGGGCCGGUCGCGGACGGGCGUGAUGAUCCCCAUCCCCCAGUACCCGCUCUACUCGGCUGGCAUCGCCGAGCUCAACGCCGUGCAGGUCAACUACUACCUGGACGAGGAGCACUGCUGGGCGCUGGACGUCGGGGAGCUGCGGCGGGCGCUGCACCAGGCCCGCGGGCACUGCCAGCCCCGAGUGCUCUGCAUCAUCAACCCUGGGAACCCCACCGGCCAGGUCCAGAGCCGGAAAUGCAUCGAGGACGUCAUCAAGUUUGCGUGGGAGGAGCAGCUCUUCCUGAUGGCCGAUGAGGUCUAUCAGGACAACGUCUACGCCGAGGGCUCCGAGUUCCACUCCUUCAAGAAGGUCCUUUUCGAGCUGGGCCCCAAGUACUCGAACGUGGUGGAGCUGGUAUCCUUCCACUCCAUCUCCAAGGGCUUCAUGGGAGAGUGUGGGUUCCGGGGCGGGUACAUGGAGGUGGUGAACCUGGAUCCGGCCGUGCAGCAGCAGCUCUCCAAGCUGGUGUCGGUGCGUCUGUGCCCACCCGUGCCCGGCCAGGUGCUGCUGGACGUCGUCAUGAACCCACCAAAGCCUGGCGAGCCCUCGUACCAGAGCUUCAUCCGGGAGAAGCAGGUGGUGCUAAGUAACCUGGCCCAGAAAGCACAGCUGACCCAGGAGAUCUUCAGCCAGGUGCCCGGGAUCCACUGUAACCCCGUGCAGGGCGCCAUGUACUCCUUCCCCAGGAUCCAGAUCCCGGCCAGGGCUGUGCAGGAGGCCCAGGCUCGGGGCUUUGCCCCAGACAUGUUCUUCUGCCUCCAGCUGCUGGAGGAGACGGGCAUCUGCGUGGUGCCAGGGAGCGGCUUUGGGCAGCGAGAGGGCACCUAUCACUUCAGAAUGACCAUCCUGCCGCACGUGGAGAAGCUCCAGACCCUGCUGAAGAAACUCAGCCAGUUCUAUGCCAAGUUCACCAGGGAAUAUUCCUAAUGUGCUGCCCGGGGCAGCCGCCAGCUCUGCCCUGCCUGCCCGCCCAGCGCCCACCGGGGGCCGGGGCCGCAUCUCUGACUGGCCCCCACACUGGGAUGCACCUGUGCCAGCCCAGCUGCCCCGCUCGCCGAGUGCUCCUGAGGGGUGCCAGGUGCUCUGGGGCUGUGCCAUGUCUCCGACACUCCAUCCCCCCCGGACUUUGGGGGUGGGGCAGCUCGGGCACGGGACGCACCAGCACCGGGCAGCCGUGUGCCAGCGAGCUCGCAGCCCCUACCCCCCGUGGCCCAGCUGACUGUACUCCACUAGCCCCGUGCAGCCUGCUGGGCACCGCUGGAUGAGGUGCCCUGGCAUCUGGGCAGGCCCUGGCAUCACCAGUCAGUGGGACCUGCGGGUGGGCUCCAGCAGCACCCUCUGGGCCAGGGCACGGGGCACCACGCUCUGUCUGCCAGACCCUGCCCAGGCUGUAUCACCAGCCCUGUCUGGGCCAGCACAGCCCCUGCCCCCCCACUGAUGCCAUGCUCCAGGUGCCCACCAGCUCCUCGCCACCCACAUGGUGCCUUGAGGUGUCCUGAAGUGCCUUGUUCCCCCUCCUCCUCUGCUGGCCCUGCAAGGGGGCAGCCCAGCGGCUCUGUCUGCCCCAUAGGCCAGGCCAGCAGGGCUCCCUGCGCCACCCUCUUCCCCGGGGCUACAGCGGGUCAGACAGAGCCCCCCAGAGACCAGGCUGGGCACACGGUGCCUGCCCAGGUGGAGAGCUGCCCGCCAGUGGCAUGGACAGCUGCAGCCCAGGAGGGUCUAAGUGUCACGAUUGAGCCUGUGGGGUUUUGUGCUGCCCCCCCUCCAGCUCGUCCGCAGGGCCCCCCUGCGCCUGGGUCCUGGGCAGAGACGUGGCCGGGGGCGGGCGCAUGAGGCUGGGCGACGGCCAGCUGGAGACGGGGCUUCACGGGGGCCUGGCCUGGACCCCCCAGAGCAGCAAUAAACAGUUAAUGACUGAACAAGG